AUGGACUACUCAUUCCCAGCAUUCCCCAUUCCGGCCUCAAUUCGGCGACGACUGCCCCGCCUGUACUCGGCUGGACGCAAGGACUUGCCAAAUCUCCACCGCGGACUGGCCUCGGCGUCCGAGCCUCAACUGUGUAACGUCCCGAUCAUAGAAGGUCGGGACAGUCGACCGACUACGGCAAGUGACGAUCUGGAUUUCGAUUCGGGAUCCCGAGGCUACGAGACCCCGCCCGAGGAAAUGGGAUCUCCGACCAAAUAUGAGGCCGAGUCGGGGUUACGUUGGAAUAGAGUAGUACCUGCCUUUAAUCUCCUCCGCAAUGCUGGAUUCGAGGCCCAGCAACCCCAUGCGGAUGGCCGAUUAGCGCGGUCUCUGUACGUGAAUGCAUUGGUCUACCUGCUUGAUGCAUUGCCCCCCGAUUUGAGUGAUGAGGAAACCACAAUGCUUCAGCAUCACAUCCCCGGCCCCGUGAAGGCGUCCUUGACGUACCCGCCCCGCUAUGUGGAUAGGGAUCCGAGACCAUGCCGCAAUUCUCGAUCUUACCUGCAUAAGGUCCUUGCCUCGGUCAUAUUGCAGCUGUUCAUACUGCUCCGCUUCGUGCUGCCAUAUGUCAGACUAUUCUUGCGUCAGGUGUAUGAGUAUGAGCGAACCCACCGCAUUACCGAGCGGGUCUUGACGGCCACACUGGAUGCAGCAGAUGGCCUGGGGAAAGGUGGUGUCAACAUUGGGGCUUCUGUCUGCCGGCUGAACGAAGGACGGGUUGGGGCUGCACUGUCAAACUUCGCGGCUUGGUGGAUGGAAGGUGUGGCUGGUGGAAUUUAUGAAGGUGUAGGCGAAGGGAUGAUGCAUUUAGGCAUUACUGGCCAAGGCGUGGAACUGGACUUUCCACAUUCAAUGAAUCAAUAG